CCGGGGUGGGGUCUCGAAGGAAGCAUGGCGACGGCCGAUACAUCCUCUUCUAAACCGGGAGACCUAUGACGCGCGACCUCUCCAAGGAAUGAAGAAAGCUGCCUAUAAAAAGAGCCAAGAUAUCCAUUACUUCCAUCAUAACCAGCACUCCUCCUUCACAUACAUACACACGCACACGCACGCACACACAUUGCAACAAGCACAUUACAAUGAUCUUCACCAACUCCCUCUUGGUCUCCUCCAUCCUCGUGGCCCUUGCCUCCGUCGUGACCGCUGCCCCCGCCAAGGUCACCGGCCAGACCGCAGCCGUCAUCUCCGCCAAGAAGUUCUGCAUCUUCCUCCCCCCCAAGUACGGCGGCGGCAUCUCCGAGAGCGAGGACAGCGCCGUGGCCUUCUGCACCGAGCCCAUCUCCAGCGCCCCCAAGGCCGGAACCCUCCCCGCGGGAUUCAUCAAGACCACACACUUUGUGACCAACACCCAGAAGGGCUAUGUCCAGGUCACCGGUCGUAUUGAUCGCAGCAAGUACGGUCUGUCCUCCAAGGAUGGCGGUGGACAGUACGACAUCAAGGCGCCCGUCGGAUCCAAGUGCGCUGGUUACAACUAUUAUGUCGAGCUGGUCGAGCCCGAUAGCCAGAGGUAUUGUAUCCGCUGCUGCAAGAACAAGGCUGAUUGCCCCGUGAACAAGUCCACCUACGGUUGCGAGGCCGUCCUCGGUGGUGAUUAUUCGUAAAAAAAAAAAAAAAAAAAAAAAGAAGAAGACAUGUUUACUUGUUUCUCCACUCAAGACUACCGUUUAUCUAGCUGUGCUAUGUUACAAUAAGAGAGAUAUAAAAAUACAUUCAUUAUAUAUAAAGUUGAACCGCGCUCCACUAUGUCUUGGGCUUUUUGUCUCUCAUAGAAAGGAUUGCAUAAUGACGCGUCUCCUCGAUCCCGAAAUUCCGGUACUGGUUCUAUCUCUAGGACAUAUGGGAAUGAAAGAGCCUAGAACGUCAGAUUCCAAUCCCAUCCUGGGUAUUAGCGUAUAU